AUGUGGGCAUUUUUAGAAUUGUUCAUGUACUCCAUGUUAUUAUCUUCAUAUGUUUCCUCUGCUGUGUCUUCCCCUCUUUAUUCCUCCUCUUGCCAGUUACAGGGACAGUUUCAUCUCAAUGGGAUGCACAAGGCCGGAGAUGUGGUUCUGGGUGGGCUGUUUAAAGUACACUUCUUUUCUGUCUCUCCUGACCUGUCUUUUACCUCAAAGCCACAAAAGAUUACCUGCCAGGGUUUUGAUGUUCUAGGAUUUAGACAUGCACAGACAAUGGCAUUUGCUGUUAAUGAGAUCAACAGAAACUCCAACCUGCUGCCUAAUGUGACCCUGGGAUACAGUCUGUAUGAUAACUGCGUCAAUCUAGGAAUUGGAUUUCGUGCAGCACUGUCAUUAGUCAGUGGUCAAGGAGAAGAAUUUAUACUACAAAAGAGCUGUGUAGGAGCACCUCCAGUCCUGGGGAUUGUGGGUGAUUCUUAUUCUCAACCUACUAUUGCCAUCUCCACUGCCUUAGGUUUGUACAGAGUGCCUAUGGUGAGUUAUUUUGCCACAUGUUCCUGCCUGAGUGAUCGGCAAAAGUUUCCAUCCUUCUUUAGGACAAUCCCAAGUGAUGCUUUCCAGGUGCGGGCUAUGAUUCAGAUUCUUAAACGGUUCGGCUGGACUUGGGCAGGUCUGCUCGUCAGUGAUGAUGAUUAUGGACUCCAUGCUGCUCGAUCAUUCCAAGCUGACCUGGCUCAGUCUGGUGGAGGUUGUCUGGCCUAUUUGGAAGUUUUGCCCUGGGGUAAUGACCCAGCUGAGCUACGCAGGAUUGUGGAUAUAAUGAGGAAAUCAACAGCUCGUGUGGUCAUUGUAUUUGCGCAUGAGAGUCACAUGAUUUACCUCAUGAAAGAGGUGAUGAAACAGAAUGUGACAGGCCAUCAGUGGAUUGCCAGUGAAGCCUGGACAGCAGGUGCUGUGCUCCAGACCCCCGACCUCAUGCCAUACUUGGGUGGCACACUGGGCAUUGCCAUCCGUCGAGGAGAAAUACCUGGCCUAAAGGAUUUUCUGUUAAGAACACGUCCAGACCUACAUCACAACAACAGUUAUGAAAAUAACAUGGUAAAUCAAUUUUGGGAACACACAUUUCAGUGCAGAUUUGCACCAUCUUCAUCAGGUUGGUUGGAAUCUGGGGGAGCACUAUGCACAGGAGAUGAGAAUUUAGAAAAUGUGGAGACUGAGUUUUUGGAUGUGUCUAACCUCAGGCCAGAGUAUAAUAUUUAUAAAGCUGUGUAUGCUCUGGCGCAUGCUCUUGAUAACAUGCUGCAGUGUGUGCCAGGCAAAGGGCCUUUCAGCAGCCGCAGCUGUGCCACUUUGCAAAGACUGGAGCCGUGGCAGAUUGUGCAUUAUUUACAAAAUGUCAACUUCACCACACCAUUUGGUGAUCAAGUGUCAUUUGAUGAGAAUGGUGAUGCUUUACCAAUAUAUGACAUUAUGAACUGGCACUGGCUCCCUGAUGGAAGAACAAAAGUUCAAACUGUGGGUGCAGUUAAGAAGUCAGUGAUCAAAGGCGAAGAAUUCACAAUUGAUGAGGACAAAAUCUUCUGGAACUUUCAAUCCAAAGAGCCACCCCGGUCAGUGUGCAGUGAAAGCUGUCCUCCAGGUACUCGCAUGGCCAGAAUGAAGGGUCAACCUGAGUGCUGUUUUGACUGCAUCCCUUGUUCAGAGGGAAAGAUCAGUAAUGUGACUGACGCUACAGAGUGCACAAAUUGUCCAGAAGACUUCUGGUCUAGCCCUCAGCGUGACCACUGUGUUGCUAAGAAAACAGAAUUCCUCUCCUACCAUGAGCCUCUUGGUAUCUGCUUAACCACCACAUCAUUGCUGGGCACAUUAAUCUGUGCUGUUGUCCUGGGGAUUUUCAUCUAUCAUCGCAGCACACCCAUGGUACGCGCCAACAAUUCAGAACUGAGUUUUCUGCUCUUAAUCUCACUUAAACUGUGUUUUCUGUGCUCACUGCUGUUCAUCGGCCGCCCCAGACUAUGGACAUGCCAGUUGAGACAUGCAGCAUUUGGAAUCAGCUUUGUGCUUUGUGUCUCAUGUAUCCUGGUGAAAACCAUGGUGGUUCUGGCUGUUUUUAAGGCCUCCAAACCAGGAGGUGGAGCCAGUCUGAAGUGGUUUGGUGCUAUGCAGCAGAGAGGGACAGUUCUGGCUCUUACAUCAAUCCAGGCAGCAAUCUGUACUACGUGGCUUGUCACAUCUUCACCAGCUCCUCAUAAAAACACUCAAUACCACAAUGACAAGAUAGUUUAUGAAUGUGUAGUUGGGUCCACUAUUGGGUUUGCAGUGUUGCUGGGUUAUAUUGGCCUACUGGCUAUCCUCAGCUUCCUGCUAGCAUUUCUGGCAAGGAAUCUUCCAGACAACUUCAAUGAGGCCAAAUUCAUCACUUUUAGUAUGCUGAUCUUCUGUGCAGUGUGGGUGGCCUUUGUCCCUGCUUAUGUCAACUCCCCAGGCAAAUAUGCAGAUGCAGUGGAGGUAUUUGCCAUUCUGGCCUCCAGUUUUGGCCUCUUAGUGGCUCUGUUUGGCCCCAAAUGUUACAUAAUCCUGCUGAGACCAGAGAGAAACACAAAGAAAGCGAUCAUGGGUCGGGGCAUCAACAAAUGA